GUCGUCCAAUUCUCCUUCUUGGCCUUCUAGGCCUCUCAUUAUCCAUGAUAUCGUUCGGUCUCUCUAAGACAUACGCCCAGGUCAUCAUAAGUCGCUCAAUUGCAGGCUUCCUUAAUGGAAACGCUGGUGUCGUCAAAACAAUGAUGGCUGAGAUGUCUGACGACACAAAUCGCGCUAUUCUCUUCACGUUCCUCCCUGUAGCAUGGAUCUCUGGAUUCACCAUUGCCCCCUUCAUCGGAGGGUCGCUCCAACAUCCUGCCCAGCGCUUCCCCGCUUAUUUUGACCAUCCCUUUUGGAGGGAAUACCCGUAUUUCCUUCCAUGUUUGGUUGCUGCAUCUUUCCCCAUCCUUGCUUUCUUCAUAGGAAUCAUGUUUUUGAAAGAGACUAAUGAAUCCGUGCGCCGCGUACCAAGAGGAGCAACGUAUGGGUCGGUUCCAUCGGAUGAUCGCUUUGAGUCGACACCACGCCAUCCAUCUACUCCUAGCCUUCGUGAAGCGAUGACCAAACCUGUGGUCAUUGCCAUUGCAAAUUACGCAGCUUUCGCUAUAAUUAAUAUAUCAUUGUUCGCUGUCUUCACGGUGUUCCUUGCCGUCCCUCUUCACGCUGGUGGUCUCAAUCUCCCUCCCCAGGUUAUCGGGAAUAUUCUCGCUUCCCUCGGUGGAGUCAGUGGCGCUACACAGUUUCUCGUGUUCCCUAGGGUACAUAAACGAUUCGGCGGGAAGAAAACGUUUACCUUCUCGGUCUCCCUCUCAUUUCUGCAAUUAGCUUGUUUUCCGAUUGUACGUGAAGUUACACUAAUCUAUCCUAGAUCCUGGAUCAAGUUCGCUAUCAUUGGUGUGAUGAUGGUUAUAUGGUCGAUAUAUGACAUGGGACUGGUUCGAUCCAUUUUCUUGUUCAUAACCGCUGCUUCACCAUCACCAUCCCUUCUGGGACGUUUGGCACGCGCAUUUGGACCCGCUGCGGCCACAAGUUUGUUCGCUCUUUCAGUAAAACAUGAUUGGCUGCGAGGAUACGGAGUCUUCUUGUGCCUGAGUUUGGCCCCUGUCGUGGCGAUUUGUCUGUCAACUUUGCUGCCGAAUGGCGUGGAGGCUAGGACAAGUAGGGAUGGAAGUGCUUAGAGUCGGACUCUCAGCUGGAGCGUUUUUGUCAACAAUGUAUCACGAUCGCAUAGAUACGGAAUAUCUUAGUUAUAAGUAGAGUGAAGCCGUGGUGCUGAUGUGCGGCCAAUACAUCAAUAUGAUGUUU